UCGGUGGCGCUUGAGGCGGCGCUUCUUGAGGCGAAUUGGUCGUCGUCGUCUCCGUCGCCUCCGGGUCUGCCGAGAGGAAGGAUGUGCGAGCCCAGCAAGCAGGACAUCGGCGCCGUUUUCCGGAGGCUCCGCGCCGUCCCUACGAACAAGAUAUGCUUCGACUGUGGAGCGAAAAACCCAAGCUGGGCAAGCAUAACAUAUGGUGUUUUCCUGUGUAUUGACUGCUCAGGGACUCAUCGAUCACUUGGGGUUCACUUGACUUUCAUUCGGUCUACAGAAUUAGAUUCUAACUGGUCAUGGUUUCAGCUGAGAUGUAUGCAAGUUGGAGGAAAUGCUAAUGCUUCUGCAUUUUUCCACCAACAUGGUUGCACUACAACUGACACCAAUGCUAAGUAUAGCAGUCGUGCUGCUCAACUUUACAGGGAAAAAAUUAAGUCGCUUGCAGCUCAGGCAACACGGAAGUAUGGUACUGAUUUGUGGAUAGAUGGCAGUGGAGCCCCUCCUCUAUCACCACAAGAAAAAGAGGAAGACUUCUUUGCAUCUCACGUUACUCCUCGGGUUAUCAACACAGAAUGGGAGUUAUCACAUCAGGAGACAAGUACUCUAAAACAGACUUCUCUAGAAAAUGAUUCAGAAAGCAAAGAAGAAGAUCCUGAACAUGGACCAAGUGUUGAUUGCCUUAGUGUCUCGCCACAAGCUUCAUUAGCCAACUCGGAGAAUGUAAAUGCUUCAGGCACCACACAUAGCAAAGAGUCCAGCUCAAUGAUAAAGAAGAAGCCAAAUCAAGUAAGAAAGGGGCUUGGAGCCAAGAAAGGAGGUUUGGGGGCCCAGAAGAUGAGCAGCAAGAGUUUUAACGAAAUUGAAAAGCAAGCCCAAGCCGUAGAUAAAAUGAAAGAAGAUAUGCAUGCUAGCAAAAGAACUGAGAAGGAAGAGCCACUGGUGUCGUCAUUACGACUGGCCUACAAAGAUCUUGAAAUUCAGAUGAAAGAUGAAAAAAUAAAUAUGGCUGGUAAAAAGAAAACUGAGGUAGAAAGACUUGGCAUGGGAUUUAACAGCAAUAGAAGCGGCAUUUCCCAUUCCGUAAUUUCAGAUAUGCAGAUCAUAGAACAAGAAACACCUAUAAUGGCAAAACCAAGGAAAAAGUACAAUAAUAAUGAUGACGUCGACUCAUAUUUCUCAUCCCCUAGUUCAAGGUACUUUGAUUCCUCCGAAUUGAGAAGUAGCACUUUUUCUAACUGGGACGACAAUUCUGAUUCCUUCUGGAAGAAAGAGAGCAGCAACAGAGACUUAGAUACGAUUCUGUCUUCGAAAACUUCAAGCUACUUAGAGAGGCCUUCGUCUCGUCGCAAAGCCGAGUUUGAACCUCCUGCAAGCACAGAUGAGGCCCAGAAGAAAUUUGGCAAUGUAAAAGCUAUUUCAUCGGAUAUGUACUUUGGAAAGCAAGACCAUGCUGACUAUGAAGCUAGAGUUCGGUUAGAGAGACUUUCAGGAAACUCUGCUAUAAGUUCAGCCGAUUUGUUUGAAGAACAGAAGAAACAACCAUCAGGCAGUUACAAUAUUUCACAUGUCUUGCCCACUGCUCCUGAUAUGGCUCAGUUUAAACAAGGGGUGAAAUCUGUGGCUGGAAGGCUUUCUGUCCUAGCAAAUGGAGUCAUGACUUCUAUACAGGAUCGUUAUGGUUCUUAACCAUUUGUAUUCAACUGAACUUGGAUACACAGAAGAAGAGCUUUUUAAAAACAAACAAACACCACAUCUGCCAUUGAUAAUAGUGCAAAUCUUAAAUGAAGGCUGUAGAAUAUUUUGUUUUAAUUGAUUUCACACCUGUAUGUUUUUACCAUGUGUCACCUCUGGUUCCUAGCCACCUUUCAUGUAACCUAGCGACUUGCUGUUACUUCUGCUUUCAUUCUCUUAGUGCCGUCUCUUCUGCUGUUUGUGGCUUUUUGGUGCUAUGAAUAGCUUCCCCACCGUCACUGCCAAGAAUCUGGUUCUGAAGCCAGACAGGAAAGGCAAAGCAUUCAGUUAUGUCUUAACGCAGAAUUAGUUAUAGACAAGCAAUGAGAUUAUUUUCAUAAUAUAUGCUUGUCACCUUACAGAAAAAGUUGUCUGUGAUAGCUCACUGGCUGUAACCUCAAGUUAGCUCAUUUGCUUAGCCCCUUCCACACGUGGCGAUACUGGAGUGGCCAUGAAACUGGUGCCUUUCCUAUCCAGUCGGUGGGUAGAAAGUAGUAUCUGGACAGAGCGAUUCCUCAGGUAAUUGAAGGUGGGAUUUUCUCUACCAAAAUAUUUACGCUACUACAUACAU